UACUGGCCUAAGAACCUCACUAUAGCGGAUUGCUUCGGUAGUCAGAGAAUAGGCUUCGACAAGAGAAGCUCGCUUAUAUUCAAUUCGAAGUCAUAUAAUUGAGUGUCACAAACACGCCACACAAUUCGAUCUAUAGCGCAAUUGCUGCGGAAGCACUUUCGCGAAUUUUUCUUAAUUUCAAUCACAUACAAUAAGUGCUAUCAUAAAAUUUUUUCAAAACACACACGCGCUCGCGCCUUUUUCAAACACGAUUUUCAUUCAUCCACAUUUGUUUCAUGUGGACCAUUGCCGGUACAUGUGAUCUCGUUAAAUUUACAAGAAUAUUUUGUAAUAUUUUUGUGAAGAAUUGUUUCAACGAUUCAGAGUGCAUACAAUGGUUUAUGGUUUCGAUAUGGAAUCGAUGCCACAGACAGUGCCAACGGCAGAUGGCUUUUCGCCGACCUUCGAUUACACGACCUUCCAAUUCGAUUUGUCUCUACUGCCAGACGAUUAUGGCAUUUUGAACAAUCAGAACAAUCUAAAACCUCCGCAAAUCAAACAAGAGGCUUGUUCACCACGACCCACAUCACCGACAACUUAUCCAAGUCCACCUUAUCCAGGACUUGGUGCAUUGUCACCAAAUUACUCGCGAGAUGCAUCACCUGCUUAUCCCACAAGUCCUUAUUAUCUUCCACAGAGUCCACAAAGUGCUCAAUUUUACCCAACAAGUCCCGAACCCACCAAGCAACAUGUCAAACGAGAGAAAAGUCUUGAUCUUCUGGCUAUUCUUCAAGAGUCUAGACUCUUAGCAGAGAGUCUUGGUUAUAAAGAGGAUUCUACAGACUGCACAGUUCCUUCUACACCUCCCAGGACAGAAGAAGAUAUUUAUAACAGUUUAGAUACAGAUUUUUUCCCGAAAAAGGACUCCAAUCCCCUUUUAAAAGAAAUUCUCUUUAAAGAAGAGCCUCGAUCCACAUCCUCCAUUUUCGUUUCGUCAUCAUCACCAGCGUCAAUAACAUCAUCUUCAUCAUCAAUGUCCAUAUCUUCGCCAGCUUCGGUUUCAUCAUCAGCCUCAAUCUCUUCUUCUGCAUCAACUAUUUCCUCCUCAGCUUCCUCUCCAGCAUACGCUGAAUUGGAACGAUCUCCACUUCGUGAAUUGCUUUACAAGGGGAGUCCAAAGAAUCUACCCGACGAAACCACGACUAUUUUGAAAGUGGAAAAAUUCCCGGAAGAUCUUCUUUUGGACAAAAUGAUAAAUCCCCUGGCAAAGGAAGAAGAAUUAUUCAAAGACGGAAGAAAAAGUGACCAUCAACUUUUACGAGAAGUUCUAAGGGACACGAGCUUUCAAAGAAAAUAUAAUCUUCGACCCGUUGAUCUUGGAACUGUUGGUACUGGAUUUGUUGAAGAUAUGGAAACUGGUGAAUGCGUUGGUGAUCUUACCCGGGAGCAAAUUGAACCUGUUCUCAGUCUUGCUAUACAACAGUUGCAAAAGGAUUUUGAUAAUACAUGCGUUGCCCUCGGCAUCCAUCCUGAACCUUGCCGCUGGAGUGCGGCCGACGUAGCAGCUUGGGUGCAGUGGGCUAGAAGGCAAUUGCAGUUACCCUCUGUGCCUCUGGAAAGUUUCAAUGUUGAUGGUGCUACUCUCACUUCCCUCACUGAAGAGGAAUUUUGCCGGAGAGCUCCACAGUGCGGAAGCGUGCUCUAUGCUCAACUGGAAAUCUGGAAAACAGCAGUCGAGGAAUCACCAAGAAAUACCUUGGCCGCUUCGUGGAGUCCGGCAGGAGUUGUUCAAGCGCCAGGAAGUGCAAAUGGAGGUACAACUUCUUCCGCAUCAAGUACUGGUCCAGCCAGUGUCAAAGGAUCCUGUUCCUUGGAUUAUUCUGACGAUGAAGAUGAGGAUUCCGGAUCGAUUCAAGCAUCAUCCGGUGGAAAAAUGCGAAAUGGCGGCUCACACAUACAUCUUUGGCAAUUUCUCAAAGAACUGCUCCAGAGUCCCGGAGUGCAUGGUUCAUGUAUUCGUUGGCUCGAUCGCAACAAGGGUGUCUUUAAGAUUGAAGAUUCCGUUCGCGUUGCAAGGCUCUGGGGUAAACGAAAGAAUCGUCCUGCAAUGAAUUAUGACAAAUUGAGUCGCAGCAUUCGACAAUACUACAAGAAAGGUAUCAUGAAGAAGACAGAACGCAGCCAGAGGUUAGUCUACCAGUUCUGUCAUCCCUAUUGUCUUUAAUAUAUCUCCAAAAAAUAAACAUCGAGAACUAGCCAUUUCAUAUCAAAUUUGAAUCAUGUCUCGAACAUUUUAUCUUGAAUUAGGAUUUGAGCUUCUUGAGUCACAAUUUAAAAUUGAUUUUGAAAUCAGAGGCAAGUUUUUGAUUCUUUCAUUGCCGGGGAUAGACUUCUUUAUAUAUUUCUCCUCGAUGCAAAUCAAGUUCCCACAUAAAUCCAAAGGAAGCUGUCUUCUUCAUCUCAAAGAUCGUCUUCGUCUAAUUUCAUUUCUCGAUCUCGAUUCGAUCUCGCGUCGAAUCUUUAAAUGGUCAAAGAUCAAACGAUACUACAAGCGUAUAUCCAAUAAAAUUCAUCCAAUUGGCGAUCUCGAAUCUAGAUUGAGAAUCAAGAGCUAAAUCUAGGCUUCCGAGUCUUUUCGCAAUGUGGAAAGAAUUCAAGCAAAAUAAUUGUAUGUCUGCGUUUAACGAGUGUCUCUAUAUUUACGAAUUGUUAUCUUUUUGUACAAAUAAUGGGAAAAAGGAAAAUUUCGCAGUAUGUAUGUCGUGAGUGAAUUGAUAAUUUCGAAAAAAAUAAAGUGUUGUUUUUUGUAAUGCGGAGGUCGCCAAAAAGAAUCCGCCGAGUUUGCAUUAUUUUCGAGAAUAAUGUCAAACGACGGUCGGGUACCAACGUGUACGCCCGGUUUGGGCGCUUAAUUAACGCAAUCUCGUUCUUCAUUCCUUAUCGAUUUUUACGAUCGAUCCAGGCUGCUUAUAUUGCUAAAAAGCACAACCUUGGCUUUUCUCAAGUUUCUAGAGGGUAAGUUGUUGUUAAUAACGCGCGAGAGCUCUAUAAAAAAAGCAAAGAUACACCACACGCUGAACAACUUUCGUAAGAUCGAAUCAGGAGGUACGUCCUGUGAAGAUUUUAGAAAAAAAAUACAUUCAGCUCAUGACUAAUCAUUAACAUCCAAAAUAUAGAGUCUCUUCUUGCGUUUGCUUGCUGGUUUCAUUCGCGGAACAUUCUGGCCCACUCUUCUAUGAUCUUAGCGCGCGGAACUAUUCGCUGCUGCUUGAUCAACACUUCUGAUCUCCAAAGUCUCUCCUUUUUUCAAAUCAAUAAAUAAAUUUUCAUUUACUUUCUUUAUUUUUAGAGCUUUAAAUCAAAUCUCAUUAAAUUAAUACUAUAAAAAAUCUUAUUUUAAGAAGAGUCUGAAAUUCAGUACUCUUAAUUAGUAGAGAAAAUUUUUUUGCAUAAAUCUAUUAGACUGCCUAAUAAAUUAACUAUCUUAAAUUAAUUUUUUUUACCCUCUCUCCGCGUUAAAAUACAAUUUUUAUUUUACUGCGAAUGAAUAACAUAACUUCUAAAAAUUUUAAUUAAGUAAAUUGAAGUAAUCAUAUAGUGUAGAGUAAUAAUUUUAAAUGGUAUUUCGAAGUAUAAUACUUUUCUCUAAAAGUUCAAAGAAGUAAAAUUAAAUUACUUAUAUAUUUUCAAAAAUGAUUUUUAUUUAUCUUUUUUAUAACAAAAUUUGAAAUUUUUAAGUUCCAAAAAAUGUAUUGAAAUAUUACAGAAAAAAGGUGUUUAUAAAAUGGGUGAGACAUUAAAUAAUAAAUUUAAAGAAAAGCAGUAAAAAUUUUACGCGUAUUUGAUGACAUUAAUGAUCUAUAAAACCUGACUUUGUGGCAAUGAAAUAAACGAUAUGCAAAUUAAUAUCAAAAAUUGUUUUCACAUUUAAAUCUUUGAUUAUUUUAAUAUUUUUCAUUAAAAUAAUAGUAUUAAUAAUAUUAUUGCAUUAUUAAUAAUAUUAUUAUUUGUCAUAUAUUAUUAAUAUCGAUUCUAUUAAAUAUUUAUUUUCAUAAAUUGCAAAAAUGAGAGAUUUUGGAAAAUUAAAUGUGUUAGGAGGAGAUAGAAUAUGCGAUUGAGACCGGUGAUAUUGGUCCCAUAUAUCUAUGAUAUAUUAAACAUUGUAUGUUCUAUGAACGAUUAGUAUUUAAGGAAUAUUUAAUUUCUUAGUUUUUCAGACUCACGUGAGUCAUUUCCAUUGUUAUAUGAUGCUAAAAAACCUAUUAUUAUAACUUUAUGAUUAAUACUGAAAUAUAUAUAUGAUGGAUUGUACGUCAUUUAAUCCAGGACUUAUGUUAUCAAAUUGUAAAUGUCAUACAGAAAUCUAAAAUUUAAACCCUUUCUAAAAUUUGGAAAUUACUGAAAAAAGCAAUAAUACUUAGUAUUUGAAGAUAUAUCUUAAGUUAGCGUAUAUUUCACUCCGAUCCCAUGAAUUUUUAUUUUUUCUCGGAUCACUUGACGUUAGAUCCCCGAUUUAUAUUUAUAUCGUCAAUAUAAUAUUUGCAAUAGAGGUGCUUUACUUUCGUAUCUUUCAAUUAUUUAAAUAAGA